AUGAGUUCGUUGCACUACCAGUUGUUUCUUUUCUUGUGCUUCUAUGCUGCUGUUCAGGCUCCAUACAGAGAAGGCGAUAGCGUGCACCAGCCGUCAGACAAGCCAGGGAGCCAAUGUGGAGAGACAAAUUGGAGAGACCUUGGUCAGAUGCAGGCCAUGAUCUUCGCAAUCGAACGAAUAAACAACGACACAAGUCUUCUUUCUAACAUUACCCUAGGAUAUGACGUAAGGGAUUACUGUGAAAACUUUUCAGAAGCUGCAAGACUUGUUUACAAACUUUUGACUGUUGAUGCUUGUGUAAAUUUAAGCCGAAAUGCCUCAAGAAAGAAAGUAAUCAUUUCUUCAAUAGGCCCAAGCGAAUCGAGCACUGCGCUAUUCACUGCUGGAUUUCUUCGGAUGCUCAAUGUUUCGAGCAUAAGUGGAACAGCUACUAGUGCUGAGGAGCAAGAAGUGUGUUCGUUGCCAAAUUGA